AUGCCCUUCAAAGACGAAAAGAACUUGACAUACACGGCUGGGAACGAGACCUAUUCCAAGGAGUACAUGAAGGCGUACGGAAGUUGCCAACCCAUGAGCGAUCACGCACUCGGCGCCGAUGCCGGGCGAGAGAGCUACCAAUGGGGCUUCUCGUAUCUGCAACUUUACAUCCUCGUUGUCUUGCUCGUGCUGUGGACGUUGAGUCUUGCUUACAUGUGGUUAAAGGCGCGAUUGACGAUGAGGAUGCGCCGGCGGUACGACGUGCCGAGGGGCUACAAGGGCGUCUUGGAGCUAUCGGACGCUAUACGCAAGGAGCUUCAGGAGACCGACCCUGACGAACUCUCUCACGACCAGCUCUCGGAAGAAAUCAACAAGACCCUAAAGGGCGGAAGAAUCCAGUUGGAGUUGGCAGACUCACCCGCGACAUAUGGCUUCUGGAGGGCGCUUUGGAUGUGGUUCAAGGAGGAAAAGUGGUGGAUAGGCCCCGUCUUGUUGAUGUUGGGGCCAUCGGUGCCGCUCAUGCUCAUCAAUAACUCGUUUGGAUGGUGGCUGUUGGUACCGAUGAGCUCCCUCCUGCUUGCGUUGAUGGUAGGCCGGUCGAAGCAGAGCAGGAUGGUCAUCGCCCUGAAUGACUCGCAAUCUGAGCUAUUAUUCUGA